UUCCAGGGCGCUCGUCUGUGCACCAACGUUUCAACGUUAGCAGUUAUUUUACGGCGAAAGGAGAAUAGAAAUUUAACAUUAGAUAGUUACAUUUAUCUACCCUUCAGUGGCAAAUUAACGUUCAAUUUGUCGAAGAUAAGGGGUAGGGAAUAGAACCUGGAAGAACCAAACAUUGCGCGGAGUUGGCAGCCACCUCGUGGUGCCGCUUAGUGUUCUGUGCCGGUCCGAUUAUUGAAUCACAGUCUACAGUCAGUCAGUGUCAGUCAGUGUUUGCGCGCAGCGGACAAAGAAAGUGGAAGAGAACCAUCAUCGCUCCCGAAAUUUCUUCGGCUUCCUCCAUGCAUUAUUUGUCUACUGCCCCAGUGGAUUUUUUUAAAGAGAAAAGUGCACACUAUUUCGGUGGAAAUUAGAGGAACAUUUGGGGUGAAGCUAGAAGCGACAACCUGUGGAUUGAAGUUUUGCGGGCAGAAGAAAUCUAAGAACAAAGGGAAAAAUGGCCGCAAUGGAUCCACUGGUGAUUUGUCCCUACGACCCUGCCCACGAAAUCCUCAAGAGCAGACUGCAAUUUCAUCUGGUCAGGUGUGCAAAGAAUCACGAAUUCCAGGACAAAGAAGUGUGCCCCUACAAUGCAGUUCACAUCAUCGACAAAAUUCAUUUCCAAGAUCACUUGGUCACUUGUCCAGAUUACAGGGAGGUCCAGUCAUUUCGUUUCAAAACUGACGACAAAGAACUGCAUGGCAUCGUAUCCAUGGACGAGGUCGCUCAGGCUCACUCGAGACCUGUUAUUGGAGAGGAGGAUUGGGAUAAUGAUGUUUACCAUCAGACGUAUGAUCCGAUCAAGAACUCAGAGGGGAAACCCCUUGUGAGAAGUUUGAUUGGAGCUUCUAAAGCCAAGCGACGUGAGUUCAGGAUGAGAGAGCGAAUGAGAAUGGCUCAAUUUGUUGAUGAGAAACCCACACCAGAGUCAUCGGAAGUGAAGCCUGAUGCAAAGAAAUCGAACGAGCCUCUUCGUCCACCAAAGACGACAAACAUUGAAGAAGAGGGAAAAUCAAAGCAAGUACCACUACGUGCACCCAAAAAUCUGACAACUCCUUCAGGUGAGGAAAAUCAAAAGGGGAGUGCUCACGUGGAUACAAACUUGAAGUUUAUUCCCGAGGAGGGCCCCAAGCCUGAUGUUCCAGGAGGGAGAAAGGAUUCCAAGAGUUGCGAGAAACUCCAAAUACCAAAGAGAAAGCCAAAUUUGAACUCUCCGAUUGCUACGAAGCCCAGCUUGGAGUCUGAGAUGUCUAAACUGAACAUUAAAAAUGAUUCUGGAGCUUUGACGAGUGGCAAAUCCCAAGAUCCUCAGAUGAAGAAUACAACUGCUAAUGCCGAGCAACAGAGGAAGAUUGGACGUUGUGCUGCCAUUUUCAAGUAAACCUCAAUCGACAGUGGAUGAUGGAGGGACAGGAGAGGAGGUCUAUUUCAUAGGAGGGGAGGAUGAUAGAUACGAGGAUGAGAACUCGUAUUAUGACGACUUGGAUUAAAGUUUACUUUAUAUUUCUCAGACAUUUCAUAAUUUAAGUUUAUCAAUUUAGGUGAUAUUCGCAGUUGGUGGUUUUGAACAAACAAAGAAAGGGAACUGAAUUUUUCACAUAAUAAAUAUUCAUGAGUAGGAGAAAUCGUUUGAAUGGAGUUAAUCAAUUAGUGAAGGUGCUCUUUAUACACGAGUGUAAAAGGAGCUGCACAGAUUCCACAUUUUUCCGUAAAUUAUGGAAAGAAGAGGAAAACGAAACUCAUCUCAUCUUAUGGAUAUUUUAAUGCUAAUUUUAAUUUUCUUUUGAGAAAUCUUUCUAGCACGUCUAGUUUUCGAGAAAAAAAAUGUUGAAAAAUGAACAAUUUGAAAAAUCUGUAAAAAAAUGAAUUUCGACGUAUUUUUUUCCAGAAAAAACUAUGAAUUAAUGAAAAUGCGAUUUGUUUAGUGGAUUCGAUUUCAUCCCAAUUGGUUGAGUCAAAACGAGUGAAAAAAAUCCAGAAAAAGUCCCAAUUUCAUGAUUUUUCUCGUAAAAUCGAAUGAUCGGAAGUUGGUUGCACACACUUUGAUGCACGCCAAUUUCAAAUUUAUCUAUACCCGUGUGUUAAGUUCGACUUCAUUUAACAUGAAAUUUGAAAAUGCCUUUCCUGCAAGGUAAUCGAUUAAUUGCUCUUAUGAGAAGUCAUCCUCAAUUGUGUAGAGGUUUAGUUGUUGAAAUAAAGUUGGAAAAUAAAGAGAUUAAUGCACAAGGUUAACACUCUCGUGUAGAUCGAUUUGAGAAUGGCAACCUACUUCCGAUCAUUUAAUUUUACUAGAAAAAUUAUGAAAUUUGGACUUUUUCGAGAUUUUUUUCACUCACUUCUACUCAACCAAUUCAAAUGAACCCAAAUGCACUAAACCAAUUGUAUUUUCAUAGUAAUUCAUUGUAUUUUUUCUUGGAAAAACUACAUUCAAAUUUAUUUUUUAAUACAUUUUUAAUGCCCCUUUAAAACCACUUUUCAACACUUCAACAUUUGUUUUUCACGAAAACUAGACGUGCUAGAUUGUUCAAAAGAAAUUUGAAAUCAGCAUCAAAAUAUCUAUAACAUGGGAUCAGUCUCGUUUUUGAGGUCGACGACAUCCGAAUUUUGGUGAACCGUGUAAUUUCACACUAAAGACUACAACAAAAUUUUCCCACAUUUCAAAAUAAUUUAUUCUACUCAUUAAUAAUAUUUAUUAAAAAAAUUAAUUUCACUGUCGACUUUUCUUGUUUUUCAUAAACAAUCGUGGACACCUCUCAAGUUUCUCAUCCUUGGUGCUAAGAGGAGAGGGUUCUCUUGUCUUUUAUGUUACAACAAAAACGUAAUUAAAUUCCUUUUUUUUUUAAAUCAUUGAACUGGUUUAGGACUUUAAUUUUGUUCAAAAUUGAUAAGAGCUGGAAAUUAAUCCAGAAGAAUAUUUUUGCCAGAACAAAAAGACCUCAUGCACAUUAUAUGUCGUAUUUCGAAAAGGAAAAGAGUUCAAUUUCCAUGAAUUAACAAUUUUUUCUUAAAUGAGUUCGUUAAUUCUUUCGAUCACUAGACAUGCGCUUAUUAUACACUCUUGUGAUCAUUUUUCAAUUACCACAAAACUGCGUUGUCAUUAGUUGGAAUGACGGAUCAGAAACGAAAUCUAAGAAAAUAUUGAGUAGCAAGAAUUUCAUCUGAAAAUAUUAACAAUUUUUUUCACAGAUGAAAUUCUUGAAAAUCGUGUGCCUUGCUCCAACAGUUAUACUUUAUUAUACUUAUGUCAUUGCUGUGAGUAUUCCAAAGACCAAUGCAAGAUUCAAGAGAGAGCACCAUUGGAUCUGUAAACCAAAAUUAGUUUUAUUUUCAGAAGGAAAUUAAUCAACCUUGAAGUGACGACACUAUCCAAUAAAGAUUUAAACUGUCGCUAUAUUUUCUGUAUUCAUUACAUUUUCGGUUUCAUUCAUUUUGUAUUGAAGAACAAGUAUUCUUCCUAAUUGUCAUACAUUGUUAUUGAUAAAAGAAAUAAAUUCAUAUUCUACUGAA